GUUUAGUCUUUGCUGAGGUGUCCAACUGACUUCAGUGUUGCUUCUUUUCAGUUCAAUUUGGUGAAUUUCAAUCAAAACAGCUAAACAAUGGCCCCACUGAAGUUGUACCAUUUUCCAAUCAGUGCUCCCUCCCGUGGAGCCCUUCUCGCCAUCCGGAACCUGAAGCUCGAUGUUGAGAUCGUGGAAAUCAAUCUCAUGAACAAAGAACAUUUAUCUCCGGAAUACGUCAAAAUCAACCCUCAACAUACCGUUCCAACCCUUGACGAUAAUGGCUUUAUCCUGUGGGAAUCUCGUGCUAUUGCCACUUACCUUGCAAACUCCAAAGCUCCUGGAAAUUCCCUCUAUCCCACUGAUCCCAAAAUUCGUGCUCUUGUGGAUUCACGCUUGUACUUUGAUGCCUCCAAUUUAUUCCCAAAAGCCCGGAAUAUUGUUUUCCCUAUUCUUAUCCUGGGAGUGAAGGAAGUUGAUCUGGAGAAGAAGCAAAUUUUGUAUCAAGCUCUGGAGUUUAUGAAUACUUACCUAGAAGGGCAGAACUGGAUAGCAGCUGAUCAUCCUACUCUCGCUGAUUUGACGCUCCUGUCUUCUAUUUCUUCGAUUUAUCAUGCUGGAGCUAAUAUUAGCAAGUUUCCCAACAUCAUGGCCUGGUACAAACGCUGUGAGUCCUUACCAGGGUUUGAGGAGAAUGAAACAGGGGCCAAGGCUUUCGGUCAGGCAAUUAAGAAGAAUCUCGGGAUCACAGGCACAUGGGAUGACUAAAUCACAAGGAAUUUGUUGAAUUCUGUCUUUUUAUACUUUACCAUAUGCACUUGUAUUUUUCUGAGAUUAUUUGCAAGAGUUGUUUAAUAAAUAUUUUUUUUCUGGGAUUACAA